CGACGAGGAAAUGAAGCAAAAAAAAAAAAAAAAAAAAAAGCUUCUAUCGUGAAUUUUCCCGACCCGUACUUUCAGUUUUUCUUGUGUGGUUUUUGUUACCACGAUAGUUCUUUUUUAAAAGAAAAAAUAGCUACACGGUGCAUGUUUAUACUAUUUGUUUGUAUAGCUUGUGUGUGCGACUUCUGAGAGCAGAAAUGAGUGAUUUUUUAAUAAGCCCCCUUAUUUUAUUUGGAGUAGGAUCCAGUUUUGCCUGUUCGGGUCUGUUCUAUCAUUUAUACCAAGAGAAGAAAAGGGAGUUGAUAAAGAUAAAGGAGAUACCAGUCUUCCGACCAGAUCAUCAUUUGGCCACAUUGCUGAAAUCAUCUCCCCACAGGAGGUUGCAAUACGUCGCAGUAGAAGGCCUGGUCGAAGCAGAUGAGAAGCCUCUUACCAGCCAAUUUGUCCCAAGAUGCUACGGUGUAGUUCAGAAGAUAAAAGUUGUAGAACAUGCUGAAUACUGGAACGCCCUCUCUAAAACAUGGAGCUCUCGGCCGACAAACAGGAAAGAAAGCACCAAAUCUGUGCCCUUCUCUCUCAUCUGUCCUGGCUCCUAUGUCUCUGACUUUCAUGUGAGGGUGCAAGACCCCUCAGAGGGAUCAGGUAAUUUCCUGGAGAGGGUUUACCACCGAGUGAGACAAGCCGAGGAGGGCUUGGUGAAUGUGGUCCUGCAGGGCAUCGGCGGGGAGCGAGCAGUGGCCAUGGAGGAAAGCGAAGAGAUGCUUCGUGUGGGGAGCAGUCUGACUGUGUUUGGGGAGGUGGUUCUGGAGGGUGAGCACGGGAGACUGCAGGUCCCAACAGAUGGCAGAGAGUACCUUAUGGUUCCCACCAACUACAAGAGUUACAUAGAGCGGCACGAGCGAUCAGCCAGCAUGUGGAAGAUGCUGACGGCCCUUACAGGCAUCUUUGGUGCCUCCGUACUAGCUCGUGUAAUUUAUGACACGGUGGACAAAGAUGACAGAUCCAAAUAGAUGUACCAGAAUAGUCAUUGCGUUCUUGUCUCAGCGGGGUUUUAAUUUUGGAAGUUUCCCUCUGCUAAAUGGGGUAAUUACCACAACUGGCGCUAUUCUGGUUGCUUGGCCCUCUAUUUCUACAGGGAUGAUAAAAUGGUGUCAAGCGCUCGAAAUCAAUUUCUCAGGGAUGGAGAUACGCACCUGAAUCUUAAUUUGACAAGAAAAUUCAUUCUUUUUCAAAAAUGUGAAAUGUCCGAACUGAACUGCAGAUAAAUGUUGACAACGAGGGAUGAACACAACUUGUUUAAGCAAUUUAAUUUUUGCGUGUAUCAUUUUACACAAGCGAGCAUGACAUUACCAUUCACCGCUCAGAUUGUUUUAACUGUAUGAAUUGAUGAGGUGUACGGGUGGUUGUUUUUACAUGAAAAUUAUA